UUCUAAGUUUAUCUUAAAUUACCUUCUCCCCUUUUUCUGUAUUCAGUUCAUCAUUUUUUUCAGGCCUAGUCCAUAAACCAGUCUCUCUGUCUUCAGCCUAAUUCUUUUCUAAGUACAUUUUACAUACUGCUUGAAAACCUCUAGAUAUCUUUUUUUGAGUCUUUUCCCCAGCUGGAGUUUAAUGUCCUUCUGAAUUUCCAUAGCAACUCGCACUUAGAGUAAUUCAUCCAAGAGAUCAUCAUCCGUUAGUUUUCCUGAUACCCAUGCUAGUCUGUGAGCUACUUGAGGACAGAGGAGAGCCAGGUUGUAGGUAAGGCAUACUUGAAGGAAACACUGAAAAUCAAAGAAAGUAGUGUUCUGGAAUGUAGUAUUCCCAGGUAAUGACCUGGACUGGGUGGUAAGGAGUCAAACCCUAGGGUGAUAUGAAUCGUGGAAUGGUUCAUACUUUGAGUAGAGGUUAUAGAAUAUAGGAGUAAAAGAAGCACAGAAUUCUGGGAACUAACGUAAAAUUAGAAAACAGGUUGUUUUCUACCAUUAAGAUUCCAAACUGAAUAUUGGUAUGUCUUGCGUAUCUUUUUAAAGAGACAGUUCUAGGGCCAUAGGCUUAAAGAUACAGUUAUUUCCUUUUAAAAGCUCUCCCAUUAUGUCCUUCCACAUCUUUCCUCUCAGUUUAAGUAGAAUGUAUAUUUUUAUAUAUUGGUUGUGCAGUCAGGUUGGGAGGCAAAGUGUUACUGGGAGCUGUAUCUACAACAUAGUGAUUUUAGUCUGUAGAUUAGUCGGGGGGGAGAAUUCAUAGUCACUUAAAUUGUUUGUAUAAGUGUAGUCAGUUAUCUUUGAAUUCCUUAGUCUGUCUUACAGGAGGAUUAUUUAACAGAUAUUCCCCUUAUUUCAUUCAAUUAAUUUCCUCAAAAUCUUAGGUUGGAUUAAAUAUUUUAUGACAGUAGAAAAACUGCCUGGAAUUACUAAGUCAUGUUUACUAGAGGUUUAAAGAAUUAAUUUUAUUUAUUUAAUUAAUUAAUUAAUUAAUUAAUUUUAAGAUUUUAUUUAUUUAUUUGACAGAGAGAGACACAGUGAGAGAGGGAACACAAGCAGGGGGAGUGAGAGAGGGAGAAGCAGGCUACCCGUGGAGCAGGGAGCCCGAUGUGGGACUUGAUCUCAGGACCUUGGGAUCAUGACCUGAGCCGAAGGCAGUCGCUUAACCGACUGAGCCACCCAGGCGCCCUAAAGAAUUAAUUUUAAAAGUCUUUCCUUUGCACUUGACUGGAAUGUGCUGCUGAAAGGUUUUUUGGGGGGUAUGUAUAUAUAUAUAUUAAGACAUUGUGUUUUAGAGUAAGGACUCUUGAGUCCAGUGUUAUGCUUCCUGCUAACUACUACCAUGAAUAAGUCAUAUAUCCUCUCUGUUUGUAAAAUAAGGAUAUUCAAGAUAUUUACAAAGAUGUUAGUGGGGAAGAGAGAAGUUUUGGAGGGAGGUCUUUAUCAAAAAAAUAUUUGUUGUGUCUAGUAAACAAUUUUUUUCUUAGUCUAUUUUUUCUGAUGUUAGUAUAGCCACAUUUACCCUCUUUUGGUUAUAAUUUACAUGAAGGAAUGGACAGAUUCUUAGAAACACAAAAACUUCUGAAACUGACUCAAAGAGAAGUAGAAAAUCUAAAUAAACUUACACCUAGUAAAGAGAUUAAACUAGUAACCAAAAGCCUACCACAAAGAAAAGCUGAGGAUGAAUGACUUUACUGGUGAAUUCUACCAAACAUUUAAGAAAUUAACACCAGUGUUUCACUAUGGGGAGACACUUCCUGACUUACUCAAUGAAACUUGUAUUUCCCUGAUACUAAGAGCAGAAAAAGACAUCACAAGAAGAGAAAACUAUAGAUCAAUAUUCCUUUUAUAUAUAGAUAUAAAAAUUCUCAACCAAAUACUAACAAACUGCAUCUAGCAACAUGUAAAAAGGUUUGUACAUCAUGACCAAGAGGGAUAUAUCCCACAAAUAGGAGGUUGAUUCAACAUAUGAAAACCAAAAUACCAAAGUACUAUUUUAUCAUAAGAAUAAUGGACAAUCAAUAGAUGCAGAAAAACAUUUGACAAAAUCCUACAUACUUUCUAGAUGAAAACACUCAAUAAACUUAGAUAAACAAACUCCCUCAACCUGAUAAAGGGCAUCAGUGAAAAACCCUUAAUCAUACUUAAUGGUGAAAGACCAAAAGCUUUCCUGUUAAGAACAGGAAAAAGAGUAGGAUGUCGACGUUGGACAACAAAGAUGGCUGCAGGAACCAGCAAUUAUUGGGAAGAUCUCAGGAAACAAGCUCGACAGCUGGAAAAUGAACUUGACCUGAAACUAGUUUCCUUCAGUAAACUAUGUACAAGUUACAGUCAUAGCAGUGCCCGAGAUGGAAGACGCGACAGCUCUGACACAACACCCCCUUUAAAUGGAUCAAGCCAAGACAGAAUGUUUCAAACAAUGGCAAUUGAGAUUGAACAGCUUUUGGCAAGGCUUAUAGGAGUAAAUGAUAAAAUGGCAGAAUAUACCAACAGUGCAGGUGUCCCAUCUUUGAAUGCAGCACUGAUGCAUACAUUACAGAGACAGAGAGAUAUAUUGCAGGAUUAUACACAUGAAUUUCAUAAAACCAAAGCAAACUUCGUGGCAAUAUGGGAAAGGGAGAAUCUCAUGGGAUCAGUACGAAAGGAUAUUGAGUCAUAUAAAAGUGGGUCUGGAGUAAACAACAGAAGAACUGAACUAUUUUUGAAAGAACAUGACCACCUUCGAAACUCAGAUCGUCUGAUAGAAGAGACAAUAAGCAUUGCUAUGGCAUCAAAAGAAAAUAUGACUUCCCAGAGAGGAAUGUUGAAGUCGAUUCAGAGCAAAAUGAAUACUUUGGCCAAUCAUUUUCCUGCUGUGAACAGCCUGAUCCAGCAGAUCAAUCUGAGGAAGCGGCGAGACUCCCUCAUCCUGGGCGGUGUCAUUGGCGUCUGUACCAUCCUGUUGCUGCUGUAUGCUUUCCAUUGAUGGAACAUCUCGGGGACUCUGGACAGCCACCCCUUUCCCACCCUGAUCUGGAAUAAGGAAAAGUAGGAAGGAGAAGUUGAUUGUCCUGAUGAUUAGCCUCACCAGCAGGAUUAAUUCACGACUGAUAGCUCUGGACUCUGUCACGUGGUCAGAUUGAGCUGAAGCCACAGUUUUUCUGUGCUCUCUUUUCUAACACACAUUUCCUUCUGUUUUUAGUUUAAAAAAAAAAAAAGUUUUCAGUUGCUUUUGUCCUCCCAGGAGGUAAGUAAACCAAUCAGAAACAGAGUUUCUGUGCUUCAGUAAUUGUGUUGAAGGCUGAUGACAAGCCAGGUCUUAGAGCUGGACUUCUCAGAAAACCAGGUUUCUCUGUAUCCAAAGACUGCUUUCCUUUUAGCCCCCAGAUUGGGUUGUGAAUAAAAAUAGUUCUUGUCCUUUUAUUUUACACUCAUGAUGAGAAAUCACAAGUCAUUUCUUGAUAAGCUGUGCUAUAAAUUUCUACUCUGCGUCCCUGUUUUGGUAUUCAAGGAAAAUUACAUUUUUCACAGAUUCUUUGAGAUGCCAGCAGGUCAACUUCAACACAGUUGAGGUUGUCUGAAACAGAAGACAAACACUGCAAAAAACCUUUUUUUUUCCUUCUUCUUUUUGUAAAUUGUAUGCACACUAGGGUUGACUGUAUUCCUGGAAAAGCAUCAAGAAUAACAGGCUUUUUUUGUCAGUCGUUGUUUUGAUUUUUUGUUUAUAUCUUCCAUUGGAUUAAUAUUUCCUACUACAAGUAAAUGAAAUUUCGGUUCUACCAUGAUAAAAGUAACCAAUAGCCAGUGUCUGUCAUUGCCCCCACCAAUUCCUCAUCAUGUCAGGAUUAACCCUGAAUGAGGGGACUGCUCAGUUUUCAGUGAGAUCUAUUCAACAAGCCACAUGUAAAAAGACAUUGAUUUGCGGGGUCACCAUCCAGAUAAUUCCAUUUAUAAAUGCUCCAUGAUCUAGGAGCAAAAGUUUGAGAACUACUGCCUGAUGUAUUAGGAAUUCUGAGUUUUACGAAGACCUAUUUACUCUAAAUCUGUUUUUUCCAAACAUCCAGAGAAUGGUUUUACUGUUGAAGGUGCAUGUGACAAAAUCUCUCUCUGCACCUGUCUUCUAUCAUCUGGACAGGGACAAAAUUUUAAACCACCCACCAGAAUUCUUUUCAGGUUUAACCAUUUCUCCGUUUCUGUAAAUGUAUGACUUGUCUAACUGAACUACCACAAAUAGCUUGAAGACUUCAACAUCUGCACUCCUCACCAAGAAAGAAGGUUGCUCUUCACCAUUGGAAUUGACUCUGGUACUUACAGUAUUGGCUUCAGACUGUGCCACAGGGAAUAAAAGGAUAUUAGCAUGUAGUUCUUAACUGCAUUACAGUGUGUAGGUGAUGACAUUCAGAUGAACUUAAUACACAGGCUGAUGGCUAUGCUAACUGCUGGUCUGGUACAGAAACUGAGAGGUUUUUCCUUCUGGUGUCUAAGUUUUAUUAUGUCCUGGGUAUGAAAGGCAUUUGAUACCUUUUUUUUAAACUAUGGGGUUUAUUUUUCUAAAUAUGGGUUGAUCGAUCAGUUACUUGAUUGGGGAUGCCCUUAAAAGAAAGUAAGUUUUCCCAAUGUGACCCUUAAAGGAUUCGAGAAGUUCAUUUAUUAAAUUCUCUGUUGGGAGAACAAAACUUCUCUUCCCUGACACUUUAUUAUUAUCUUUGAUUUUUCAAAGGGCCUUCAUUGGUGGUUGUGCCUCAGCUAGAAUUUAUGGGACUUUCGUUGCUGUAUGGUUGGCAUUUAUAAAAUCUGAAGUAUCAUAAAUAAAGUUAUUUAUUUAAUUAUACUAAAAAAAAAAAAAGAGUAGGAUGUCUGCCCUUGCCCCUUCUAUUUAGGUUUACAUUGUAUUAGAGGUGCUAGCCAGAGCAAUUAGACUAGAAAAAGAAAGAAUGUAUUCACAUUGGGAAUAAAGAAGUAAAACUAUUUGUAUUUUUAAAUGAUAUGACCUUGUAUAUGAAAAAUCCUUACACAGACUGUUAGAGAUGAUAGGAUUUUUCAUAUACAAGAUCAUGUAGUAUAUGGAAGUCAAUGGCUUUGGUAAGGCUAUAAGAAACAUUAGUAUACAAAAGUCAAUUCUAUACCCUAGCAAUGAACCAUCUGAAAAUGAAAUUAAGAAAACAGUUCUACUUCCAGUAGCAUUAAAAAAGCAACUUGUUUAUUCAACAAAUUUAAUUUAAAAAAUCUAAGAUUUUGUCCACUGAAAACUAUAAAACAUUUUUGAAAGAAAUUAAAGAAGACCAAAGGCUGUGGUACUGGCAUACCGAUAGACAUAUGGAUCAAGGGAAUAGAAUUGAGAGUCUGGCCAUAAAUGUAGGAAUUUAUUUCUAAUUAGUUUUUGAUAACAGUGAUUUAAUAAAUGGAAAGACAUCCCAUGUUUGUGGAUGGGAAGACUUAAUGUUAAGGGCACUAUUACCCAAAAUGAUAUACAAAUUUAACAUAUAUAUUCUCUGUCAAAAUCACAGCAGGCUUUUAUGCAGAAAUUGUCCCCAAAAUUCAUAUGGAAAUGUGAAGGACCCAGAAUAGCCAAAAUCUUCUUAAAAGUGAAAACAAAGUUAGAGGACUCACAUUUCCUGAUUUUAAACUUAUAAAACUAUAGCAGUUAAGAAUCUGUGGUAUUGGUGUAGGGACACACAUUGAUCAAUGGAAUAGAAUUGAGAGGCCAGAAGGAAACCCAUAUGUUUAUGGUCAAUUGAUUUUUGAUAAGAGUGUCAAAACAGUUCAGUGGGAGGAAGAAUGUUUCAUGUCAACACAUGGUGCUGAGAGAAUAGAUAUUCACAGGGAAAAAAAAUGAAAUUGGACCUCUACAUCACAACAUAUAUAAAUAUUAACUCAAAAUGGAUCAAAGAUCUGAAAGUAAGAGCUAUUAAACUCUUAGAAGAAAACAUAGGUGUAACCCUUUGUGUCCUUGUGUUAGGCAGUGAUUUGUUACAUAGGACACCUAAAGCAUAAGCAACAAAAGAAAAAAUAAAGUCAGGACAUUAUUAAGCACAAUUUCUUAAUUGUGCUUCAAGGACACAAUAAAAAAAUUGAAAAGAACCCAAAAAUGGGAGAAAAAGUUUGCAAAUCAUAUAUUCUGUAAGAAUAUCUAGAAUAUAUAAAGAAUUCUUAAACCGAGAAACAAAAAGACAAAUAAUCCAAUUUAAAAAUGGGCGAAAUCCUUGAAUAGACGUUCCUCUGGAGAUCUUACAAGUGGCCAGUAAACAUGUGAAAAGAUGCUCAAGUAAUUGUUAGGGAAAUGCAAGUCAAAACCAUGUUAAGGUGUCAUUUUACACUCACUAGGAAGGCUAAAAUAAAGAAGAUAUAAGUGUUGGUGAAGAUAGGGAGUAGUUGGAACCAUCGUACAUUGCUGAUGGGAAUGUAAAAUGGUGCAACUACUUGGGAAAGCAGUUUGGUAGUUUCUCAGGAAACCAAACUUGGACUUAACCAAUUUUACUCUUAGGUAUACACCUGAGAGAAUUGAAAAUAUGUGUUCACAAAAAAACUUGGACACAAAUGUUACAAUAAUAGGAGCAUUAUUAUGAAUAGCCAGAAAGUGGAAACAAAUAUCUAUUGAUUGAUGAAUGGAUAAACAAAACGUGGUAUAUCCAUGCAAUGGAAUAUCAUUCAGCUAUAAAAAUGCAUGAAUUACUGACACCUGCUAUAACAUGGAUGAACCUUGAAAACAGUAUUCUAAGUGAAAGAAGCCAGACAUGAACGGCCACAUAAUGUUUGAUUCCAUUUAUAUGAAAUGUUCAAAAUAGGCAAAUCCAUAGAGAUAGAAAGUAGAUUAGUGGUUGCCAGGGGCUACAGAGUGACUUCUAAUAGUUACAGGGUUUCUCUGUUGAUUAUGAAAAUAUGCUCGAUACUGGUGAGGGUUCCAUAACCUUGUGAAUAUACUAAAAACCACUGAAUUGUACAUUUAAAAGUAUAAAUUUUAUGGUAUGUGAGUUUUAUCUCAAUUUUAAAAAGGAGACAAACCUACACAUAAAGAUCCUUCUAAUUCUGAUAAUGAUUUUUCAGUGGAUGUGUAAUAAAAUUAUUAUAAAGUAUAUGUUAAAAUUAUUACUUGUCACAUGAACUAUCCAGGUAUUAUGAUUUCUUUCUUAGAGUAGAAUAUUCAUGUCUUCUUGUCCCUUAACAUGACUUUUAAUCGUAAUUUGGCUAUGUGGUAAAAGAAUUCUGAAUAUACGUGUUAAAUCAUUUGCAGUGCCUUUGGCUUCAAGUUAUAAAGAACCUAAAUAAAAAGUGACAUAAUAAUGUUUAUGCCUUGCAUGGUUAGAUUGGAGGUAGAGCAGCUUCAUGGUUGGUUAAGCUGGUUAAUGCAAUGAUACAUCAUCAAAGGCCCAGAUUCUGUCUAUUUUAUCCUCAAUGUGUCAUCUUUGCCGUCAGGCUGUUUGGUUUUCUGAUCAACCUCCCAUCCAGAUAGGAAGUUUCCAAAAAGAAAAACAGAAACUGUUUAUGCCUUCUACCAUCAUCAUCUUUUUUUAAAGAGUGAGAAGCCUUUUCCAGAAGCCCCAUAGCAAAACUCCUUCCACAUUUCAUUGGCCAGAAUAGGAUCAUAAGACAAUUUCUAAACCAGUCCCUGGAAAGGGAAGUGGAAUGUUUAUUUUUAAAUUCUUUUAAAUAGACUUUAUCUUUUUUAGGUGAUUUUCGGGUUUACAGAAAAAUUACACAGACAGUACAGAGUUCCCAUAUGAUCCUGCCACACAUACUUUCCCUUGUUAUUAACAUUUUAUAUUAGUGAGGUACAGUUUUUCACAAUCGAGGAACUGAUACUGAAUAAUAACAAUAUUAUAAACUAAAGUCCAUAGUUUACAUUAGGGUUUACUUUUUGUGUUGGACGGUUCUAUGAGUGUUGAUAAAUGCAUGAUCUCAUGUAUCCACUAUUCACCAUUACAAUAACAUACAGAAUAGUUUCACUGCCCUAAAUGUGUCCAGUGCUAUACUUGUUCAUCUCUUACCUUCUCUCCCUCAAGCCACUGGUAAUCGUUGCUCUUUUUAAUGUCUCUGUGGUUUUGCCUUUUCCAGAAUGUCACCUAGUUGGAAUCAUACAGUUUGUAGGCUUUUCAGCAUAUUUCAUGUAGCAAUAUGCAUUUAAGUUUCCUCUGUGUCUUUUAGUGUCUUGGUCGCUCAUUUCUUUUUAUUGCUGAAUAAUAUUCCAUUGUAUGAAUGUACCACAGUUUGUUUAUCCAUUCACCUAUUGAAGGACAUUUUGGUUGCUUCCAAAUUUUGACAGUUAUGAAAAAAGCUGCUAUAAGCAUUGAUGUAUAGAUUUUGCUGGAUCAUAUCGUAAGCUUAGUUUCUCUUUGUAAGACACUGCCAAACCAUCCAACAAGGUGGGAGGAAUGUACCAUGUUACAUUCUCAUCAGCACUGUGAGUGCCUGUGGCCCUGUGUUCUUGUCAGCAUAUGCUCCUGUCCACGUUUUGGGUUUUAGUCAUUCUAAUAGGUGUGCAGUGGCAUCUCAUUGUAAUUGGCAGUUUUCUAAGGACACAUGAUGUUCAGCAUCUUUUCAUAUGUUUAUUUGCUGCCUGUAUGUCUUCUUUGGAAGGUGAGGUGUCCUCUCUUCAAAUCUUGACCAUUUUUUAAUUGGAUUGUUUGCUUUCUUACUGAGUUUUAAGAAUUUUGUUUACAUUUUGGAUACAAGUCCUUUACCAGAUACAUGUUUUCCAAAUACUUUCUGCCAGUCUGUGGCUUUUCGUUUAUGUGUUUUCAUUUAGCACUUUCAUUUAAGUGUUUUUCACAAGGCAGAUGUUUUGGUUUUUCUUUUGGAGAUCAUGCUUUUGGUGUUGAAUCUAAAAAAUCAUCAUUAAAUCCAAGUCACCUGGAUUUUCUCCUAUGUUUAUAGUUUCACACUCCACAUUUAGGUCUGUGAUCCAUUUUGAGUUACCUGUUGUGAAAGGUGUAAGGCCUGUUGGGAUUUUUUUUCUGUGUCGAUGUCUUAAUUCCAGCACCAACCAUUUGUUGAAAAGACUAUCCCUUCUCUAUUCGGUUGCCUUUUUCCUUUGUUAGAGAUCAUUCGACUAUAUUUAUGUAGGUCUGUUUCUGGGCUUUCUGUUCUUUUCCAUUCUGUUAACAGUACCCUACUGUCUUAAUCACUGUAGCUUUAUAUAUGUCUUUAAGUUGGAUAGUGUCAGUACUAUGUUGUUCUUCAGUAUUGUAUUGGCUAUCCUGGGUUUUUUGUUUUUCCAUACAGACCUUAGAAUCAGUUUGCUGGUGUCCACUAUUAAUAACUUGCUGGGAUUUUGAUUAGAAUUAUGUUGAAUCUAGA